CACAGUUAGGUCUUUCACACGUUGGCGAACCUGGCGAUGUUGCAAGUAUCAUACUUCAAAGAUGUACCAACAAGUGGCGAAUGUAAACAAAAUUUAAAUAUGCACAAACUUCUCAAAUGCCGGCAAGUCAUAACACUGGGAUUACGACAGCCCUUCACCUUUACCCGCUUCUAUGCGUCUGCUCCAAAACGAUUCUACAGACGGACAGGAAUUUUGUUUAAUGAUGGUCUGUACGAGAUUACUCUUGAUCAAAGAAAACUGAAGACACCAAAAGGAAAUUUGUUCAAAGUAUCAAGUGAGCCACUAGCCUUGGCAGUUGCAGCAGAAUGGGAUGCACAGGCUCCAACAAUACAGCAGAGUUCAAUGCACUUGUCAGGUCUCUGCAGCACAGCAAUAGACAAUCCAGGAAACAUCACAAAAUAUGACUUAGUCCAAAGGAUAAUUAAUUUUUUGGAUACAGAUACUGUGCUGUGUUUCUCAAGUGAAGAAGAACUAUGUGCAUUGCAAGAACGAGAAUGGGGACCAAUCCUGAAGUGGUUUCGUCAGCGUUACGAUGUUGAGGUAGAAGAAUCGAAGGAUAUAACUGGCCCCACAGUCAGCCUCAAAUCAAAACAAAAAAUUAUCUCUCAUCUUCUGUCGUACAAUAUGUGGGCUGUACAUGGAUUUGCUUUUGGUGUUGAAACAGUCAAGUCACUUAUAUUAACAUUGUGCUGUGUUGAUCGUUAUAUUUCUGUAGAGAAAGCUGUUUUACUAUCAAGAUUGGAAGAAGAAUUUCAGACCGGUCACUGGGGAAGAGUGGAAUGGGCGCAUGACCUGAACCAACAACAAACACAGGCUCGAUUAGCUGCUGCCGUGCUGUUCAUUCAUUUGAACUCUUCGAGUGCAUUCAUCAGUACAAAAGGACUUUGAAUUUUGCAUAUAGUGAUUACUGGCAGUUCACCUCCCUGAACUGUUUUUAGAGGUUUUCUUUUCUGUUUUUCCAUGCUGAAGAAAUUGUUGUGUAAAUUUAAAUGCGUAAUUUAAGUAUUAAAUUUUGUACUCAAUUUGAAUUUUUUGUCAUGUAUUUCACUGCUCCAAUGCGUACUGCAUGGACACUGACUGUGAUAAGUAAUGCCUUCAUGGCCGUUAUGCCAUAAUGAGUGAGAAUAAUUAAAUAAAUGAAGUGUAUAAUA